AUGUCAAGAGCUUCAUCCGAUUUGCAACGAGCUAUAAAGAAAGCUUGUACGGUUGAUGAAGAGGCUCCUAAGAGAAAACAUGUCAGAGCUUGUAUUCUGUAUACUUGGGAUCAUCAUUCUUCAAAGGAGUUUUUCCAAAUUUUGAAAAAUGGCAAUUAUAUGAAUGAUGAGAUUCAAUUAUUUAAAAUGCUUAUUUUAAUUCAUAAGGUUAUUCAAGAAGGUCAUCCAAGUGCUUUAAUUGCCGGUAUCAAGAAUAGAGAAUGGAUUAAGUCCAUGUACAGGGUCCACGGUGGUUCUUCUCCUUAUGCGAAAUUGAUUGCCAAAUAUGUAAAGUUUUUAAUUAUGAAAUUGGAUUUCCAUGCUCACCAUAAAGGUUUCAGAAAUGGUACUUUCGAGUACCAGGAAUACGUCUCUUUGGUCUCGGUUUCUGACUUGGAUAGAGGUUAUGAGACUAUUCUGGAAUUGAUGGCUUUACAGGACUUGGUAGAUGAAUUCGCACAAUACAUCUUCGCCUCCAUUGAGAGAGGUUAUACCGCGGAUUUGAAAGUAGCUGGGUUGGUCCCACUAAUUGCAGAAUCUUAUGGUAUUUAUAAAUUUAUCACCUCCAUGUUGAGAGCCAUUUACACCCAAUUGGAUGAUGAAGGUCUUGUUCAAAUGCUUGAAGAAAAAGUAAUGGAACAACAUUUAAGAUUAUUCGAAUUUUACGCCGAUUGUGCCUCUAUCAAGUCUUUGUCCUCAUUAGUAACUAUUCCAAAAUUACCAAGGGAUCCACCAAGCAUGGCUCCAAAACUAGAGUCUGUUACUUCCGCAUCAAAAAAUUUAGCAAGAGAACCUUCACCUGCUAUCUCAAACCAACAAAGGUCAAUGACUCCUCAAUCGAUUAGCAGACAAGCUUCCCAACGUCCACCAGCUUCUUCUUCCGUCACUCCUUUAGCUACUCCUGCAAAUGUUCCUGACUUUGCUACUGCUCUUGCCACUGCUCCAUUAAAGAGAAUGUCUACCGCCAAUGCUUUCCCACAAGCAGCUGCAAUGACAGGUGGUGCUAACCUUACAGCAGCAGCCACCGGUUUCUUUGUUCCUGUUACUACAGAUCUUGCCGCCAACACUGCAUACAUGAAUGCUUCCUUGACAGGUGGUGCUAAUGCUACUAUGAUGAAUCCAGUAUUAACUGGCGGUGCAAAUAAUGCCUAUAUGAACGCAGCUUUAACUGGUGGUGCAAACAAUGCUUACAUGAACGCAGCUUUAACUGGUGGUGCAAACAAUGCUUACAUGAACGCAGCUUUAACUGGCGGUGCCAAUACAGCUUAUAUGAAUGCAUCAUUCACUGGUGGGGCUAACACUGCAUACACUAAUGCUUCCUUGACAGGUGGUGCUAAUGCUACUAUGAUGAACCCAGUAUUAACAGGUGGUGCAAAUACCAAUAUGAUGAACCCAGUGUUAACAGGUGGUGCGAAUAAUGCUUAUAUGAAUGCAUCGCUAACUGGCGGAGCUAAUCCAUCUAUGAUGAACCCAAUGUCUACUGGUGGUGCUAAUUCUGCGUAUAUGAAUACUAGUUUGAGCGGAGGUGCUAAUUUACCAUAUAUGAACCAAACUGGUACUUUGAAUAAUCCUGCAUUAACUGGAACCAACAUGGCUCCAACAACUUUUAUGACCUCUACAACAACAGGACCAACCACAACAUUUAUGAAUUCCAAUAAUACAGGUGGUGCCAAUUCAGCUUCUAUGACUACUCUAGCAAAUCAAUUUACCAAUUCCAUGACAUUAAAUCCUACUGGUUCGAUUCAAGCAAGCUUCUCUACACCCUCAUUACCAUCUAUGCAGCAAAAUAAUAGCAAUCAAACUGGUAAUUUAGUUCAACAAAUCCAAGAAAAUCAAGAUCUUUUACAAAAAUACGAUGAUCAGUUACAAAAAAAUGAAACCGAAUUAAAUAGAUUAAGACAGCAAUUGGCUUAUAAAGAAACAGAUAUGAAGAAUGUCCAAGAUAAAUGUGAUUCUAUCUCUAAACUUUAUUCACAACUACGUCAAGAACACUUAAGGAUCUUACCUCGUGCACAAAGCUCACCACAACAAACUCUAGAUUUUGUAUUACAAGCAUCAAUCAAUAACCUACAACUACGUCCAACAAAGGAAGAUGUCUCUAAAUUUGCAACUGAGUUAGCCACACACAUGAAUAAUUUCAUUGUUUCUAACUCGGACUUCAACAACGUUGUAUAUGCAGCAACAGCUUUCAGUAAUGCUAUGGCUACACUAGCAGCAACUUCAUACUCCCCAGAGAUUGCCCAAAGGUGUUCGUAUCAAGCUCAACAAUAUUUAACCCAGCUGACAUCCAGCGUUUUAUCUCCCCUAUCAGUGGAGAUAAAGACUGAUACAGUAAUCAAUGCGAAUAUAGAAAUGCAAAGAGCAUUACAACAACUUUGA